AUGGAGCGCCACAAAAAGUCCGUCUCCAAGAUCGCCGCCGCUGUGCGGUCCUUCUUCGACCGCCGAGAGCCGUACCGCAUCUUCCACGGCUCGACCAACAGCACUCGGCCCUUCCGCCGGGACCGCUUCGUCGACAUCAGCGCCCUCGGCAACGUUCUCGAGGUGGACAAGGCCCGCCGCACCGCCCUCGUUGAGCCCAACGUGCCCAUGGACCGCCUCGUCGAGAGCACCCUCCGCCACGGCCUCGUCCCGCCCGUCGUCAUGGAGUUCCCCGGCAUCACGGCCGGCGGCGGGUAUGCCGGCACUGCGGGCGAGUCCUCGAGUUUCAAGCACGGCUUCUUCGACGAUACCAUCAACGAGGUCGAGCUCGUCCUGGCCAACGGCGAUGUCGUCCGCGCCAACCGGACCGAGCGCGCCGACCUCUUCCGUGGCGCCGCGGGCGCCGUCGGCACCCUUGGCAUCACCACCAUGAUCGAGCUGCAGCUCAUCGAGGCGAAAAAGUAUGUCAAGACGACGUACCACCGCACCCAUAGCGUCGCCGAGGCCGUCGAGACCGUCCAAGCCGAGACCCUCAACGCCGACAACGACUACGUCGACGGCAUCCUCUUCUCAAAGGACCACGGCGUCGUCAUCACCGGCAAGCUGACGGACGAGAUCCCCGAAGGUAGCAAGCCACAGACCUUCAGUGGCGCCUGGGACCCCUGGUUCUACAUGCACGUCAAGGACCGCACGCUCACCGCCGGCUCGGGCCACAGCGACGCCGCGGCGGCCGCCGUCGACUUUGUGCCGCUGGCCGAGUAUCUCUUCCGCUACGACCGCGCCGGAUUCUGGGUCGGUGCCGCCGCCUUCGAUUACUUCAAGUAUGUCCCCUUUACGCGCUUCACGCGCUGGUUCCUCGACGACUUUCUGCACACCCGUAUGCUCUACCGCGCUCUGCACGGCAGCGGCGAGUCGGCGCGCUUCGUCGUCCAGGACCUGGCCCUGCCAUACAAGAACGCCGAGCGCUUUGUCGACUACACGGCUGAGAACUUCAAUAUCUGGCCUCUGUGGCUGUGCCCGCUGAAGCAGACGGCCCCGCCGACCUUUCACCCCCACACGGGCGAGAUCGAGACGCUCCCUGCUCCGGCAGCGGACGGUAGCUCCGGCGGCAACGUGACGGCGCCGAAGCCGAUGCUCAACAUCGGCCUCUGGGGCUGGGGCCCCGCGAACCCCGACGAGUUUGUGGCCAAGAACCGCGCGCUCGAGCACAAGCUGGGCGAGCUGGGCGGCAUGAAGUGGCUGUACGCACACACGUACUACACCGAAGACGAGUUCUGGCAGUCGUACGACCGGCAGUGGUACGACAGCCUGCGCGAAAAGUACGGCGCCACGACGCUACCGACGGUGUACAACAAAGUCAAGGUCGACGUCGGGGCGCGCAAGGAGGAGCUCAAGAGCUGGCGCAAUGUCGUCAAGUCCAAGCCGCCCAUCGGCGGGCUCUACGGCAUCUACAAGGCCAUCCAGAGCAAGGACUACCACCUGCAUCGCCAUGCCGAGUGGAAGUACAAGGGGGACAAAUGA